AUGCAGCGGGGCCUGCACGUUUUGACGCGUCAAGUGUCGCCCAGCUUUGCGCAGGCGCUGCAGGCGCAGCCAGCGCGGUUGGAUGUCCAGGCCUGCAUGGAGGAGCACGAGCAGUAUCUGGAUUUGAUGCGUGCUGUACCCGAUGUCGAGGUGUUGGAGGUACAUGCGGAUGCCGAUUGCCCAGACUGUGUCUUUAUUGAGGACAUUGUUGUCCACUGCCAGGGCACGACAAUCGUGACCAAUCCGGGCAGUCGCAGUCGCCGUCCCGAGGCCGUCUCCUUUCUAGACUGGCUCACGCUCCAACCAGCAGAGCUGCGUGCAAUCCUCGGCCGUCUCUUGGUCAUGCCCAACGAUGACGGGGCAACCCUUGAUGGUGGAGAUGUCUUGCAGAUUGAGGAUCAUGUCUUUGUCGGGCAGUCGGCACGAUCCAAUGUGGGUGGCCUGGAGUUUUUACAGGCUGCGCUGCCGGGGAUGGUGGUUGUCCCGGUCAAGGUGCCCUCCUCUACGCUGCACCUCAAAUCAUUGAUCACGGCCACCACCAACGGACUGGUUGCACACCAAAGCGAAGCGGGCGAGGAAGUGGCGCGAGAGGUGUCCCACCACGUUCCCCACCUCCCCGUAUACUUUACCCCCUCGCUGGCGUCAGCCAACGUGGUGCAGCUCGGGAGCAGCCUGCUUGUCAACCCAAUGACACCAGAAGAUUAUCACGUGCUCAGCGAGCUGGCCGAGCAUGGCAGCUCUCAGUUGUAUCUGCGUACCCUGCACACACCCGAAGUCAACAAGGCCGAUGGUGCUCUGACUUGCUGCUCUGUCAUCAUCUCUUGA